ACUUCAGUCUCAAUGUAUUGAACAAAGACUUUAGUUCCCUGUUCGAAUUCUGAGUCUCGCUUUGGCGGCAUGGCAACAUUCCCAGGUAGAGCACAAGGACAGCUAGCUUUCGAUGAAUACGGAAGACCCUUUAUCAUAUUAAGAGACCAAGAGAAAAAGAAGCGCCUAUGUGGCAUACAGGCACACAAAUCGCACAUAAUGGCAGCGAAAACAGUAGCAGGGACUCUAAGAACAUCUUUGGGUCCUAAGGGUUUAGACAAACUUCUUGUUAGUCCGGAUGGAGAUGUAACUGUUACUAACGAUGGACGAACAAUUCUUGACAAAAUGGAUGUGGAGCAUGAAAUUGCAAAAUUACUUGUUCAACUUAGUAGGUCUCAAGAUGAUGAGAUAGGAGAUGGUACUACGGGUGUUGUUGUCCUCGCGGGUGCACUUUUAGAACAAGCUGAACAAUUGCUUGACAAAGGUCUUCAUCCGAUUCGCAUAGCAGAUGGCUACGAAUUAGCUGCAAAACAUUGCCUUUCCACCCUGGAAGAGAUCAGUGUUCAAUUCGAAUUUUCUAUCGAAAAUCGAGAACCUCUCAUCAAAACUGCUAUGACUACUCUUGGGUCAAAAAUAGUCAACCGUUGUCAAAGAAUGUUUGCCGAAAUGGCAGUCGAUGCCGUUUUAUCAGUUGCUGACUUGCAACGUCGUGAUGUGGAUUUUGAACUCAUCAAAGUCGAAGGAAAAGUUGGUGGUAGACUUGAAGACUCAUUGUUGGUGAAAGGUGUAAUUGUUGACAAGGAUUUUUCUCAUCCUCAAAUGCCGCGUUCAGUAGAAAAUGCCAGACUGGCAAUUCUUACGUGCCCUUUUGAACCACCUAAACCAAAAACAAAACAUAAUUUGUUUGUAAGCUCCACCGAGGACUACCAUAAGUUACGAGAUUACGAACAAAAGAAGUUCGAGGAAAUGGUAAAAAGGGUCAAGGACACUGGUGCUAACUUGGUUAUUUGUCAAUGGGGUUUCGAUGAUGAAGCUAAUCAUUUACUUUUACGUGAGAAGCUACCCGCUGUUCGCUGGGUUGGUGGUCCUGAAAUCGAGUUGAUUGCCAUUGCCACCGGUGGAAGAAUUGUCCCCAGAUUUGAGGAGUUAACCAAGGAAAAACUUGGGAAGGCGGGUGUGGUACGCGAACUUUCAUUUGGCACUACCAAAGAACGUAUGCUUGUAAUUGAGCAGUGUGAAAACUCAAAAGCAGUGACCUGUUUUAUACGCGGUAGUUCUCGAAUGAUUGUGGACGAAGCAAAACGUUCUUUACAUGAUGCUCUUUGUGUUGUUCGCAAUUUGGUUCGCGACUCUCGAGUUAUUGCUGGAGGUGGUGCCUGCGAAAUCGCGUGUUCCUUGUCAGUUGCUGCUGAAGCUGACAAAGUUGAAGGUCUUGAGCAAUAUGCUAUGCGAGCGUUUGCUGAUGCUUUAGAGGCUAUUCCAAUGGCUUUAGCUGAGAAUUCAGGUUUGCCACCAAUUGUUACAGUUUCUGAACUAAAAGCACGGCAACUGUGCGACCAUAAUCCUCGUCUUGGAGUAGACUGUCUGAAUGUUGGUACUAAUGAUAUGUAUCAUCAAAACGUCCUCGAAACGUUAAGUUCCAAGCGCGCUCAAAUCAUGCUAGCUGUUCAACUUUGCAAAAUGAUAUUGAAAAUUGACGAUAUUCGUGUUUCUGUGGAUGAACUAUAAACGUUGCUUUUAGGUUUGGUUUUGUUAUCAAUGUGUAAAGUUUUGUUUGUGAUCGAAUAUAAGUGCCGAACUU